AUGUAUAAUGGUCAAACAGACCCUGUGGAGCAUGUAAGUCACUUCAACCAGAGGAUGGCAAUGCAUUCCAAGAACGAGACUCUAAUGUGCAAAGUAUUCCCAUCCAGUUUGGGGCCUAUAAUAAUGAGGUGGUUUGAUGGCUUAGGAGCAGGUUCCAUUGAUUCCUUCAAAGAACUCACUCGGGCGUUUGAAUCUUGCUUUAUUACAUGCAGUAAGGUUCCUCAACCCUUCGAUUCCUUGUUGUCUAUGUCCAUGAAAGAAGGGGAAACCUUGAAAACAUACUCGGAUAGAUACUGGAAAAUGUUUAAUGAGAUAGAUGGUGAUUUUGAUGAUGUGUCCAUAAAGACUUUCAAAGUCGGCCUACCUACCGAGCAUAGUUUGAGGAAGUCCUUGACUGGGAAACCUGCUAGCAGUGUAUGUCAGCUCAAAGACCAAAUUGAUAAGUAUAAGCGGGUCGAGAAAGACCAACAACAAGGCAAGGAGAAAGGUAAGAUUAUCCCUCAGGAGAGGAGGAAUUUCAAGUCAGACCACUACAAUAAUAACAGACCCCAAAGGGAUUUUGUUGGGCAAUCUAGGUCUACAGCUCCUCAGGUGGUUAACUAG